AUGCUUCGUCACGCCUCUUGGAGGGAGCACCAGACGGUCACAGUGCAGAUAUCAGGAAUGAUGAACAGCCGCGCGCUUUGCCUCUACAUCGCGCUCCUCUACCCGAUUCCCAAAACAUUGACGGAAUACUCAACCAAUACUGACUCGGAGUACGAGUUUGGGGAUUACCGGGGCAAGUGGUGCUUAGACGACCACGGAUUUGUGUAUAGCAUCGGGGAGGUGUACUAUCCCAGUCCAUCUGCUUGUCCGUGCACCUGCACUGAAGACGGACCCGUGUGCAUACGACCCAAGUGUCCUCGCAUUCAUCCUCGAUGUACGCGGAUUAAAUACAAAUCCUGCUGUCCAGUGUGUGAGGCAGUUAGCAAAGUGUGUGUAUAUGGUGGCAAAAUGUACAGAAUAUUCGAGGAAUUCAGGUUGUCACGCUGUGAGAGAUGUCGUUGUGAGCCCAACAGGGAGGUGUAUUGUUCCAUCUCUGACUGUCCUGCACCACACUGUGUCAACCCUACAUAUGAGCCCAACCACUGCUGUCCUGUCUGCUACACUGGGCCCAAUUGUUUUGUGGGCGACAGAGUGAUCUUGGCAGGGGAGCGGGUGGAGAUAGACAAGCAGACUGUGUGUUACUGCACCUACCGGGACGGCACCUGGCAGAUGCACCCCCAUGCCACCUGCGAGCAGCGCCCGCUGCCGGACCCCGAUCUCAACCCCAGCCCCUCUGAGCCCCCUGAGGAAGACGAGACCAAGCAGAUGGACAGGGACUUCCGCCCCAGGCUGGACUGGAUCCCGUGAGCAGGCAGGAGGGUGGGUGUGAGAGGGUAAUAGUGCGCCAAGGGGAAACGGGGAGAUGAUGGGGCAGGUUGUUUUCCGUGCCCUGCUGAGUGCAGUCUGCAUAGGGCUUAGGGCCAGGGAUGACCUACUACACCACAUUAUACAACCACAAUAACAUUACUUGUAGUAGUGUUUAUGCAAUAUUAUAUACAACUUUGCACACAGGGACAAUGUAUGGUGCACAUUCAAGACAAUACACAACUAUUAACAUAUAGUUUGUUGAAAUUCAUUUGUCUCAUUUUCCUUCACUUGCAGUAGUCUGGUUUUGUCAUCAAAGGGCUGGUGUAAGUGGACACUUAGAGUUGGUGGCAACAUUCACCCUUUUAUUAAUCUCAGGUUUACACUAGUGCACAUUAACGUUGCACUGUAUAUUUCUCUUUUGACUACUGUUGUU